GCAUCCACCGCAGAGGGGAAGGCCAGGACCGCCGGGAACUAGGCGUAGGGCUGAGGCCAGGGUUCCGAAGGCGCGGGCCGGGAGGCAGGUGCACGGCUUGGACUACAAAUCCCAGCAUGCCCAGCUGCCCUGACCCGGCCCCUGCUGCCACUUAAAGGCUCUGGGAGCCGCAGCCGUCGGGUCGCCGCGGCUUUCGCUUUGCUGCGGCGGCGGCUGGGCGGGCGGGAGCAGCGGGCUCGGUUGCCGGCUCCAAUAGCGUCCCAUCUCCAGCGGCACCGAGGGGCGCUACUUGUGCGGCCCUCCCGGCUUCGAAAUUCCCUUCCCAGCCCGCGUCCCCGGGCUCCCUGCCUCGGCCACCCUGCAGCACCGAUGCCGAGGCAUGGAUAGAGCGGCACGGCGUGCGGCGGCGAUGGGAGAAAAGGAAGGCAGCAGUGGGGGGGUCGCAGCAGCAGCGGAGAGGGGCUCCGGAGCCGCAGCAAGCCGGGCGCUGCAGCAGUGCGGGCAGCUCCAGAAGCUCAUCGAUAUCUCCAUCGGCAGCCUGCGCGGGCUGCGCACGAAGUGCUCCGUGUCCAACGACCUCACCCAGCAGGAGAUCCGGACCCUGGAGGCGAAGCUGGUCCGGUACAUUUGCAAGCAACGGCAGUGCAAGCUGAGCGUGGCUCCUGGUGAGAGGACCGCAGAACUCAACAGCUACCCUCGCUUCAGUGACUGGCUGUACACCUUCAAUGUGCGGCCAGAGGUGGUGCAGGAGAUCCUCCGAGAGCUCACACUGGAUGCCCUGCUGGACAUGAACGAGGCCAAGGUGAAGGAGACGCUGCGGCGCUGCGGGGCCAGUGUGGAGGAGUGCGGCCGCCUGCAGUACGCCCUCACCUGCCUGCGGAAGGUGACAGGCCUGGGAGGGGAACACAAGGAGGACUCGAGCUGGAGUUCGGCGGAUGCCCGGCGGGAAAGUGGCUCAGGGCCUUCGGCAGAUACCCUCUCACCGGCCGGCCUGCCCUGGGCCCCGGGGAGCUCCCAGCUGGGCAGGGUGGGCAGCAGUGCCCAGGGCCCACGCUCCGUCUCCGUGUCAGCCCUGCCCACCUCGGACUUCCCAACCCCCGGCCCCAGCGAGGGCCUCACGGACACCUGUAUCCCCCUGCACGCCAGCGGCCGGCUGACCCCCCGCGCCCUGCAUAGCUUCAUCACCCCCCCAACCACGCCCCAGCUGCGACGGCACACCAAGCUGAAGCCGCCGAGGACGCCGCCCCCGCCCAGCCGCAAGGUCUUCCAGCUGCUGCCCAGCUUUCCCACACUCACCCGGAGCAAGUCCCACGAGUCUCAGCUGGGGAACCGCAUCGAUGAGGUCUCCGCACUGAGGUUCGAUCUCCCGCACGGCUCCCCACAGAUGGUACGGAGGGACAUCGGGCUCUCGGUGACACACAGGUUCUCCACCAAGUCCUGGCUGUCACAGGUGUGCCACGUGUGCCAGAAGAGCAUGAUGUUUGGAGUGAAGUGCAAGCAUUGCAGGUUGAAGUGCCACAACAAGUGCACGAAAGAGGCUCCCGCCUGCCGGAUAUCCUUCCUUCCAAUAGCCAGGAUUCGGAGGACGGAGUCUGUCCCUUCGGACAUCAACAACCCAGUGGACAGAGCAGCCGAACCCCAUUUUGGAACCCUCCCCAAAGCACUGACAAAGAAGGAGCACCCUCCGGCCACGAACCACCUGGACUCCAGCAGCAACCCGUCCUCCACCACGUCCUCCACACCCUCCUCGCCCGCCCCCUUCCCGAGCUCGUCCAACCCACCCAGCGCCACCACGCCCCCCAACCCCUCGCCCGGCCAGCGGGACAACAGGUUCAACUUCCCAGCUGCCUACUUCAUCCAUCACAGACAGCAGUUUAUCUUUCCAGACAUUUCAGCAUUUCCACCGGCAGCCCCGUUCCCUGACGCAGCGGACAGCACCCGGCUCGACGACCAGCCAAAACCAAAUGUGUUGGAGGAUCGUGAGGUGGAGGCCGAGGAGCCGGAGGCUGGCAAGUCAGAGGCAGAGGACGACGAGGACGAGGUGGACGACCUGCCGAGCCCCCGCCGGCCCUGGCGGGGCCCCAUCUCCCGCAAGGCCAGCCAGACCAGCGUGUACCUGCAGGAGUGGGACAUCCCCUUUGAGCAGGUGGAGCUGGGCGAGCCCAUCGGCCAGGGCCGCUGGGGCCGCGUGCACCGUGGCCGCUGGCACGGCGAGGUGGCCAUCCGCCUGCUGGAGAUGGACGGCCACAACCAGGACCACCUGAAGCUGUUCAAGAAAGAGGUGAUGAACUACCGGCAGACGCGGCAUGAGAACGUGGUGCUCUUCAUGGGGGCCUGCAUGAACCCACCCCACCUGGCCAUCAUCACCAGCUUUUGCAAGGGGCGGACACUACACUCGUUUGUGAGGGACCCCAAGAUCUCCCUGGACAUCAACAAGACCAGGCAGAUCGCCCAGGAGAUCAUCAAGGGCAUGGGGUAUCUGCACGCCAAGGGCAUCGUGCACAAAGAUCUCAAAUCCAAGAACGUCUUCUACGACAAUGGCAAAGUGGUCAUCACGGACUUCGGGCUGUUCGGGAUGUCGGGCGUGGUGCGGGAGGGACGGCGUGAGAACCAGCUGAAGCUGUCCCACGACUGGCUGUGCUACUUGGCUCCCGAGAUCGUCCGCGAGAUGACCCCCGGGAAAGACGAGGACCAGCUGCCAUUCUCCAAAGCUGCUGACGUCUAUGCCUUUGGGACUGUUUGGUAUGAGCUGCAGGCAAGAGACUGGCCCUUGAAGAACCAAGCUGCAGAGGCCCUGAUCUGGCAGAUUGGAAGUGGAGAGGGAGUGAAGCGGGUCCUGGCCUCCGUCAGCCUGGGGAAGGAAGUCACUGAGAUCCUGUCUGCCUGCUGGGCUUUUGAGCUGCAGGAGAGGCCCAGCUUCACGCUGCUAAUGGACAUGCUGGAGAAACUGCCCAAGCUGAACCGGCGGCUCUCCCACCCCGGGCACUUCUGGAAGUCUGCUGAUCGCUGGCGGAGCCGAUACUACGGGAAAGGACGUUACGGCCACCCUGACUUUAAGAGCUCCUGCCCGGUUCUGGAGGAAUACAUCAACAGCAGCAAAGUGGUGCCCCGGUUUGAAAGGUUUGGCCCGGGCGUCCUGGAGUCCAGCAAUCCAAAGAUGUAGCCAGCUGUGCGGUUUUUCCAUGGUUUCUUUUUCCUUCAGCGUGUUUCUAAAACACCCCAUCCUCCACCACAGAAGGCAGCGCUCUGCGAACGGCAGCCUCUCUCUGAAGCGCCGCAGGGCGGGAGCGAGAGUCCUCAGUUCAGAGCAUUCGUUCUCGAAAAACACUUUGGUCCCGGAGAUGGAGCCUUGCCUGCUGCCCCUCAAAUGACAUCGCCAACAACCAGACCUGUCCCCACAGGCAGCAAAUGUUUACAUGUAUGUUUCUGCGGAGCGAACUCGCUGUUUUGCAAAUAGGUAAUAAUAAUGCCAGGCUGUGCGCUGGCACCCUCGGCCGGGGCAGUGGAAGUGGCCGUGCCCCUGGAGAGCCCUGCAGGCAGUGAGCCCGCACGGGGCCAGAAGGAGGAAGCGCGUUGUGACUGCGGACGUUCUUGGGGUGGUACGGGGGGACCACAGGCUCGGGCCUGGCUGCUGCUCUGGCCCCUGCUCUGGCCUCACACCCCGUCAGCUGGGAGUCUCCCUCUGCAGGGGUUGCCCCUCACCCUGACAAAGAGGCCUCUCUCCUCUCGCACAGCAGGCCCUGGCUAGGAGCCGAGCUAAAUUACGAAGGUCAGCAGAUCCCAGAGAGAACCCCUGACCCCUGCAGUGCAGCCCAUACAAGCUGGAAACUUAGAGACAGAUAAGAUCCAAGUGGCAUCUGCACUGACCCCGGGUUCCUAACUGGGGUUGCCAUUGUCUGUAGAGAUGUUCCCUUCAGGAAGCCCUGAGGAAGGCACCAAGGAAACGCCUCCACUUUUGGACACGUCCCAGCCCCUGACUGACACGUGGCCCCAGAGCUGAGGCUGUGUGUGCCACGAAGGCUCCCUGAGAACAAGGCAGGUGCAGGGGAGGGAACAGCAGCAGCCACCCUCCCAGCCCCAGGGCAACCUGGCUGGCCCCUUAGGAACCCAAGGCUCCAGACCUGCCCACCUCUCCCACUUCCCCAGCCCUGCUGAAGCCCUCAGCCCAUUCCUGGCUCCCCCCGCCCAUGUCCAGAGCUAAGAAGGGAGGCAUGUGUCCCCCCUUUCAUUCAGAGCCACCCGGUGAGCCCCACAGUCUUCAGAGCCUUCCCGAGGCCUGCUUGCCAGGCUUCUGCUUGAACUGGAAGGAAGGGCUCCAUCUGGGGGAGUCCGUGACGGGAGAGCACCUGGCCUGUCCUCGCUGGAAGCUGUUGCCUGAAGAGAGAAGUUUCAAGUGGCGAAGAAGCCCUUUGGUGGGUGUUCCAUCGUGUUUGGCUCCGACACCAGGACUGACCAAGGGGGAGGAGAAUGGCCAGGUGGUCGGAUUUAGGCCCAGAACAGGUGUCCGUGCUCUGAGCCCAGAUGGGGAGGCGUGUGGCCCCUUCCAUUCAGAUGCACCUAGUAAAGCUCCUGAUGUCCAGGGCCCUCCCUGGAGACUGGCCGGAAGAUCGUGGACCUGUGGGCUGUGUCCCCCUCCCUAGCUCACCCUCCCUAGGCCACCAUCCCUUGGCUGUGACCACACAGCUGUGAGGCAGCGAGAGGGACCCAGGUUCCUGCUGCCCAUCAGUGCGCCAGACGCGCGCGCCCUCCCCUGCUCGGUGUGCAGGGCAUUCGAUGGGAGCCGGAAGCCAGUGAGUUCGAUUCAUGGGGUUCUGUUCUCUGCGGGACCAUCGUUUCUCCCCAACAUGCCUUCGGCCUCCCCUGCCAGCCCUCUGCACGAUCUCCCCACCCAAAGCCACCUCGUGUGUCUGCUGCCUGUCAACCUUGCCCUCCGAACCCGUGGCCAUGCUGGGGGCCCAGGACUUGGAUGGCAGCUGAGCAGGUCGGGUUCUGCACCUCCCCAGCCCCGACUCUCAGCCCACAGAAAGCCAGUCCGAGCUUUGUUUUUUCUCGUGAGUGUCACACCUGGGGGUCAGUUCAAGAAGCUUUCAUCGAGCACCUACCGUAUCUUGUGCAAGUGCUGGGGGCCUGGGGUCGGAGCGGUCACAGUCCCCGCCCUUAGGGAACUGAUGAUCUGCCAGGAGCCCCAAGAGUGUAGCUGAGGGCCUGGGGUCACCCCCUUCCUUUCCAAGGCCCUGGGCAGCCACUUAGCCUGAGCGUUCCCUGUCAUUUACCAGAAGCUCCUGAGGAAACCCCCAUGUGGCCCCCUUCUCCCUCUCUCUAGUUGACUGUGAAUGAGGUUAGGAAGACACGCUUGCCCUUCCGUGUGCUCUCAUCUGCCUUGGAAACACGUGAAGGAUGGCAGAUACUGUGAAUUCAGCCCGAAUGGCCAGCUGUGAAGGGGAAGUUGGGAGGGUCUCCAUGGUGAGAGUAGUGGGGGCUGCAGAGGCCCCGCUGGGGUCUGAGCGUACAGCCUGCACUUUGGUCCUUCAGGGCUCCCCCGUUCCCAGCCUCACCUCCAAACCCUGGGGUCUGUCCCUGCUGCCUUUAACCACCAGAGUCGCAACCAUUGGGUCUGCACCCAUCUUGAGGUCUUGAAUCCUGGCGAGGUCCCUGUUGGGAGCAGUGGGUAGCAAGGCUGACUUCUCCGUGUUGCCAAAUGAAAGAUGUUUGCAGGGCCCUGAAGUUUCUCUGCCCCUCCUGGCAUUUCUUGUGACCUCAGAGCCGGUGGGAUGCCCUGUGAACCUCUGUUCUGUAUUGAUCUGGGCGCCAGGUGGAGACGUGAAUGUGAAACCCAGGAGGGGGCUGCUGGGGUUCUGCGCCGUUCGCCAGGAUUUCGUCAGUGCGUGCAAACCCCGAGUCUCUGGCCACAAGGCACACACUUGCGUUUUUGAAUGUGAUGUAAAAUUUGUACAGUAAAAGUUUUUAUAUUUUCUAUCAACUGCAUUUGUCUUCCAGAAAUGCUAUUAAUUUAAAUUAAAAUGAUUAGUAUUAACGGACGUGCUGUAUCACUUUUUGCCACCGGCAAGAACAUACUCUCUGCCAGGCCAGGCCUGGGAAUCUGGAGUUUGAAUAAAAAUAUACCAAGGUG